CAUUAGUGUAAGUGGUGCAAAAACAAAGAAACAGCCGCUAAAUAUCAUUAUUUAUGUUUUCCUGUAACUUUCUCUUUAACCCGAAUCGGAAGUUGACUUGAGCGUCGUGGUUCAGUUUUGGUUGUCCAACAUUUUAUUCAAACAUGUAAACACGCGUGGAAGUAAAUAACAGCCCUGGAGGGAAUAUUUUAUAUGGUGUGUGAAAUUGUGUGAAAUUACAGCCGAGAUAUACUGGGCUAAAACGGUAAAGGUUGUAUUAUGGACUUCAUGAAAGAAAACGAAGAUGAUGAUGGUGAAGAAGCCGGUGGCGAGGAUGAGCGCUUCUUUAUUGAGGGCUCCAGCUGUUCAGAAAGUGAAGAAAAGAUCAAGUUUAGUCACCAGAAGCAGCACAGCAGCUGCAAACAAGCCACUGAGCGGAGCAGGGGAAGCUCUCCUCCGCUCCUCCUGGCCUUCUCCGUCACAACUGGACGGCUGCUGCAGGACAGCAGCCCCAGCUCCGACUUACAGGAAGAGGAGGACAGUGACCAGCACAUCGAGGACUGGAUGAUCCUGGGAGGAGGAGAGCAGGAGGGAGACUCAAGCAUCCAGCUCAAUCUGAGCUACUGGAGCAGCAUCUCUGGCGAUGACUCUGGAGAUGAAGAUCAGAAUAUAAAAUCAGUUGAAGAUACCUGGGCUGUAUCGGAGAAAGACAAGUGUUUUGCUGAUCAGUCUCUGCUCAGCCGCUACUUCGUGCGCGGCCGUUCUCUGAUGUGUCACAUCUGCAACAGGACGGGACACCAGGCCAAAAGCUGCUACAUCCACAAGAAAUGUCCCACCUGUAUCCUUUGUGGGAUCCAGGGCCACAUCCAGAGGGACUGUCCGUGCCGCCCCUGCCCCAGCUGUGGACUGCCCUCACAUGGCCUCAGGCCCUGUGAAAAUCCCCCAACAUGGAACCAACACUGCCAGCGCUGUGGGGUGACAGGACACCUCUCUGAUGCCUGCCCUGAUAUAUGGAGACAGUAUCACAUGACAAUCCGGUUAGAGAUUCCCCCCGGGCCAUGGAAAGUCCACUCCCUCAAACAUAAGAAACGCCCUGUUCAUUGUUACAACUGCUCUAGGAGGGGACAUUAUGGCUAUGAGUGCACUAAAAGGAGGAUGGUCAGUGGUUCGUCUCCCUCCCUGCCUUAUGUUUGCCACUACGACACCAUGGAAGACAUCCUCCAACGUCGCACCAGGAUGCUGAGGAGAGCUAAAGAGCUUGUGAGUGCUGGAUCCCUGUUGCUCUUAGAGCAGCAGCAUUUGUCCGAACCAACAGGGGAGAGCGGCGAGGAGAAUCAGCCGGUACAGGGGAGGAGCAAGAGGAACCAGGAGGCACGGAGCCAUGGCGGCAGGAGGAAGACUUGGCCUGAAAGGCGCAGAGAGAGACAGGAGGUGAAGAGGCUGAGGAGGGAGGCUCAGGCCAGACGUGAAGGAGGACUACUGGUGAGGUCCCGGGGUCACUCUGAUGAUGAAGCCUGCACUGCAGAUCCCCUAAGGUCCCCCCUCCACGGUCAUGGACAGUCCACACCCCCUCCACAGAAGAAGAAGAGGAAGGAUGAGGCAGGUGGCAGAAGGAGCAGGAAGAGCAGAGAGGCAGAGAGGUGGAAGAAGAGAGGAGGGAUGAAACGUGGGGAUUUAUAUCCCUAUGUUGACCUUGACAGCGGUAGUAAAAACCUUCUUUCCCCAAAGCAGAGGGUACGCCACCGAAGAAGAUAAAGUAAUUUUUUUUCUUUUGUUGUAACUAAUAACAACAAAAAAGAUUUUGUGUUUUGUUUUCUUUUGAGUAAUUCAUUUAUUUAAUGUCAAUACAAAGACCUGUAGAAUAGGAGGAUAUACAGUUGAAGGAUGCUAAUUUUUAGUGUAACUGUAUGAAUGUAUUUUAGUACUUUAACCUUGGUUUGUGUGUGCAUCUACUACUAUGAAACUGGCGGGGCCAAAUUUUAAGCAUGUACAGUUUUCAGCAUAUUUUGGAAUAUGUUUUUACACACUGUGCCUGUUUUAUUUGACCCAUAUGUAUCGUGUGUUUUGGGGCUGAUUUGUUAUCUUCUUAAAUAUAAAGAUAUUUUUACGGUGCUGUAGCCUUUUCUGUCAUUAAAAUACUUGAAACCAGGUCACACACCUUUAAUUGGCAAGUGUAAAGGUUAAUAUUUAUAUUGUAAAGACAACGACAAUAAACAUGAAUUUACAAAUAA